AUGUCCUACAAGAUCCUUGUCGGCGUAUACGGCGAUACAAUCAGCACUCUCGAGUUCAACCCGGCUGCCAAAUCGCUCAAAGUCAUCAAGGAAAGCGACGUCAGCCCAAACCCUUCCUGGAUCGCCGAAGGGAAGGGCGGACUGUACAGCAUCUCGGAGGAUGAGAAGGGACUCGUCACCCGGAUUGAGCUGAACGGUGAUGCUGUGAAGGAGACGAGCGCGAAGGAGACGGGCGGCGGUCCUGCUCACGUCCUCGUUACCAGCAAGGGCGACGUUGUUGUUUCGAACUACGUUGGCGGCAGCGUAUUCUGGAACGACAAGCUUGUCCCUCUUCCCUAUGCUUACCAGGGUAAGGAAGCGCCGAACCCGGAGCGACAGAACUCGUCGCACGCUCACCACGCCUUGGAGCACGACGGCCGUAUCUUCGUCUGCGAUCUUGGCAGCGACAAGGUGUGGAUCCUGGAGGACGGCGAAAUCAAGGAUGCCGUGACGCUCACCCCUGGAAGCGGCCCGCGACACGCCGUAGUGCACAAGCUGGACGGCAAUGUGUACUCGACGCCUGUGCCUAAGCCCUCGAGCGGCGGGGACAAAAUGUUGUUGCCCGUGAACGCGGUAUCGUACAUCCCGCCUUGCGUUGAGAAGCAUUCGCACCACGCAAGGGAGAUGCUCGGCGCCGAGCUCCUUUUCCACAACGGAGCCCUCCUUGCGAGCAACAGGCUCAUGCUGCACAAGCCAAUCAAGGACCGCGGCGACGCCAUCGCCGUCAUCCCCCUCGGCGCCAAGGGUGAGCUGCAGCAGCCGAGCUGGAUCCGCACCAACGCAUGCUGCAUUCGCGGCCUGUCCGUCAGCCCUUGUGGCAAGUACGCAGCUGUCGGCGGGCAGUGCAACGGUCUCGUUGAGAUCUAUGCCACGGGGGAGAAGUGGGAGAAGGUCGCGCAUGCUAGUGUCAGGACGCCUGUUGCGUUCCUCUGGCUCUGA